CCUUCCUAACACCCCCCACCCCCCCUUGGUGGAAACAGAUCAAAAGUGGGACAUCCCUACCAGCUUUUCUUGACAAUCCUACAGAGAAAGGUCAACAGGGCCAUAAGGGCUAGUGCUGCAAAAGGGGUUUCCCUACCCGCCUCAGGAAAGGAAAAAGAAAAUAAAGUGCUGGAGAGAAGUGCCACCCAUAGAAGGUCAUCAAAGGGUUAUUCAGUUUAGAAAGUGGUGGAGCCUGGAGAAGCAACUUUCAGCAGUGGGGAAUUGACCCCAAAGUGUAUUAGAUGAGGCGUUCCUGCCCUCCCAUGGGGUAGUAAGGGUGGGAGGAGGCUAGUUGCUCCCCCACAAGGUUCCCUCACCACUUUCUUUGGACAUGGAUUGCUACUCUAUUUGACUUCUUGUUGGUUUUCUGUGGCCUAAUGACUUGAGAAGAGUUCUGGAACUGUGAUGCCUGGACACGAGGCUUGGGAAUAACUUGAAGCAGAUGUUUCUGUGUCUGACAGUUACCAUCUUGAGGCAACAGCCGGAAUUUCAGAGGAUUGAAUCAUGACUUUGAAGGCCUUCUCCCAUACUACUUGGAGGAUUUGGGGCAGAAAAGGUGCUUUGUGGCUUUUCCUGAGCGUGCUCUGAUAUGGAUCUUUUGGGCAAUCGUGAAGAACUGCAUUGCUGUUGUUUUUAAACUGACUUCACUUGUACUUUUCUGGAGUAAAGCUGGUGGGAAAUCGACAGUAAUGUACUUAAAGUAUAACUAGUACAAUGCAGAUUGGCUAAAAAGUCGUCUCCUUGCCAAGGGCUCCAAUGAGUGGCACACAGUCUGCAAUCACGGACAGGUUUCCCCUCAAAAAACCUACAAGACAUGGCAGCAUUCUGAGCAGAGAGUCUCCAGCAGACAAGAAGCAGAAGGUUGAACGCUGCGUCAGUGCCCAGGACUUCGACCCUACAGAUAGCUCCUCCAGGAAGACAAAGUGUAGCUCGGAGGAGAGUAGAUCCGAGACGUAUGGUCUUGUCCAGCGUUGUGUUAUUAUCCAGCGGGAUGAAAAUGGAUUUGGGCUGACUGUCAGUGGAGACAAUCCUGUCUUUGUGCAGUCCGUCAAAGAAGAUGGAGCAGCCAUGCGGGCUGGGGUUCAAACUGGUGACCGAAUUAUUAAGGUGAAUGGGACUCUGGUAACUCACUCAAACCAUUUGGAGGUAGUGAAGCUGAUAAAGUCGGGUUCCUAUGUAGCCCUCACUGUGCAAGGGCGCCCACCUGGGUCGCCCCAGAUUCCACUGGCUGAUUCUGAGAUGGAUCCAGUAGCAUUUGGACAUAUGUCUCCCAUCAUGACAUCUCCACACUCACCUGGAACAUCUGGAAACACAGAGAGAAUUACCAGCCCGGUGUUGAUGGGGGAGGAAAAUAAUAUUGUUCAUAGCCAGAAGGUGGAGAUUUUGAGGAAGAUGCUUCAGAAGGAGCAGGAGAGGCUACAGUCCUUGCAAGAAGAUUACGGCCGCACUCCCACUCCAAAACUGCUCAAGGAGAUCCAGGAAGCCAAGAAGCACAUCCCUCAGCUGCAGGAACAGUUGUCCAAGGCAACAGGCUCCAUUCAGGAUGGAGUUUUAUCUUCCAAGUCUGUGGCAGAGUCUUUGCAGAUCAGCGAGGUAGAGACUGAGAGUGGGGAUGGGCUGAACAAAGGAGACUGCAGUUUUGGUGAUGGCUCCCAGUUAAAUAGUGACACAGCUGAGAGUCCCCGGGGUGGCCUGAAGGAACGAAUCUAUCUGGAUGAGAGCCCAGAGAAGAGUGAGACACAAGAUACUGACUCUCAAUCCAGUAUUGGAAGUCCCUCCAGUCGUAUUGCACCUCCAAUCAUAGGAGCAGAAGAUGACGAUUUUUAUGGUGAACAGGAGCAGAUCAAUGGGCAGUGCAGCUGUUUCCAGAAUAUAGAGCUGUUGAAAUCUCGCCCUGCUCACCUGUCUGUCUUCCUGCAUCAUGUCGUCUCCCAGUUUGACCCUGCUUCAUUGCUUUGCUAUCUUUUUGCGGACCUGUACAAACAAACAAACUCCAAAGAGACUCGGCGUGUCUUUAGUGAGUUUAACCAGUUCUUCUUGGAUCGAGCUGCAAAUCUGAAAGUCCCAGUCCCAGAGGAAAUUUCUGCAGAUCUAGAAAAGAGAAGGCUAGACUUGAUUCCUGAAGAAUUGCACCGCCACUAUAUUCAAACUAUGCAAGAUAAAGUUUUUCCUGAAGUCCAGAGGCACCUUGAAGAUUUUAGACAGAAACGCAGCAUGGGGCUGACCAUGGCAGAAGGCGAGCUAGCCAAGCUGGAUGCAGAACGUUUUCGUGACCGGAGCACACUGGAGAAGGAGAGAGCAUGUGCAGAGCAGAUCAUUACCAAAAUUGAAGAAGUGCUGAUGACAUCUCAACCCAUUGAAGAAGAGAAGAGCUCAAGCAUACAAUAUGUUGUUCUCACCUACAUGAAACAUCUUGGUGUGAGAGUCAAAGAGCCCCGGGGGCUAGAUCAGAAGCGACGGAUUGGGUUCCUGCCAAAAAUAAAGCAGAGUAUAAAAAAAGAGAAGGAAGGCGAUGAAAAGAAGAGGAGAGUCUUCCCCAAUAUCCUGGGACCCCCAAGGAGGCCAAGCCGCCAUGACAGCUAUGCAAUAGGCAGAGCCAUGGAAAUGCAAAAGCAGCGCCAUCCAAAGCACUUAUCCACACCUUCCUCCGUCAGUCCAGAGCCACAAGACUCAGUCAAGAUGCGCCAGAGUGGGUCCAGCGAUGGCACAGAUGCAGCCUACCCACCUGCUAACCUCAUGUCUCCACAAGCUGCUGGAACUUUUCUUUCCCAGGAAGGCAGCAAGGAUAGCGAAACAGGGUCAAAGCAAGUUGGAGAAACUCCAUCGUCUAGUGACUCUGUGGAUGGUACGCCUCGUACACCUAAUACUGUCUUUGAUUUCCCAUCUCCACCACUUGACCAUUUGCAGGAAGAGGAAGGAGAGUUUGACAGGUUAGCAGAAUCAGGAACACCAAAAUCUUUCCGCAAGAUGGACAGUGUGGGUGCUGUGGAUAAUCAGAGUGAAGAUGAGCUCUUUGAUUUUGACAUGGAGACAGACCCACCCAACUGGCAGCAGCUUGUGAGCCGUGAGGUGCUGCUUGGCCUGAAACCCUCUGAGAUUAAACGGCAGGAAGUGAUUAAUGAGUUAUUUUACACUGAGCGUGCUCAUGUCCGAACACUGAAGGUUCUUGAUCAGGUCUUCUAUCAGCGUGUGUCCCGUGAAGGGAUCUUACCUCAAUCUGACUUGCGGAAAAUAUUUUCAAAUGUGGAAGAUAUCCUCCAGCUCCAUGCUGGAUUGAAUGAGCAGAUGAAAGCAGUGAGGAAAAGGAACGAAACGUCAGUUAUUGAUCAAAUUGGAGAGGACUUGUUAACUUGGUUCAGUGGAGCAGGGGAGGAGAAAAUGAAACAAGCCACUGGCACUUUCUGUAGCAACCAGCCCUUUGCUCUGGAGGUGAUCAAGUCACGGCAGAAAAAGGACUCUCGCUUCCAGACUUUUGUCCAGGAUGCUGAGAGCAAUCCGCUCUGUCGCCGACUGCAGCUGAAAGAUAUAAUUCCCACUGAGAUGCAGAGGCUGACCAAAUAUCCCCUUCUGCUGGAUAACAUUGCAAAGUACUCAGAACAACCUGGGGAGAAAGAGAAAGUGAAGAAAGCAGCAGAUCACUGUCGGCAGAUCCUCAAUUAUGUGAACCAAGCUGUCAAAGAAGCAGAAAAUAAGCAGCAUUUGGAAGACUACCAGCGCCGUCUUGAUUUGUCCUGCUUGAAGCAGUUGGAGGGCCCUAUGCUGGAUGAAUUCAGGAAUUUGGAUUUAACCAAGAAGAAGAUGAUCCAUGAAGGGCCUCUGACCUGGAAGGUGAAUCGGGACAAGACAAUUGAUCUCUACACGCUGUUGUUGGAGGAUAUUCUAGUGCUUUUACAGAAGCAAGAUGAUAGACUGGUGCUGAGAUGUCACAGCAAGAUCCUGGCUUCCGCUGCAGAGUGCAAGCAUAUAUUCAGCCCUGUCAUCAAACUGAAUACGGUGCUGGUUCGCCAGGUGGCCACAGAUAACAAAGCCUUCUUUGUCAUCUCCAUGUCAGAGAAUGGAGCCCAGAUAUAUGAAUUGGUGGCACAGACGGUUUCUGAAAAGACUGUGUGGCAGGACCUCAUAGCACGGAUGGCAGGAACAGUGAAAGUUGGAAGAGGUAGAAGCGUAAUUCCAUUUCCGCCGUCUGGCCCAUGCGAGGAAGAUCAUGAGGAGGAAGACCAGCAGAAAUUGAAGGAAGAGCAAGCUACUCCUGAUAGCAGCAUGCAGAGUCCAGAUAAAGAUAUGGGACUGGAGUCUCCUCUGAUGGCAAAGGUUCAGUCUCCUUCAGCAGCAAUGUCUGAGAAGCUGGAAGAGGAGGAGCUCCUGGAGGCAGACAGGCAGUUUGGAAAAAAACCAGCAGCAGAGUUGCUGAUCAAAGAGUCCUCUGAGCACUACAGCCACACAAGUCCAGAGCACUUGUUCCAAAGUUCAGAAGAACGAUGGGCAUUGGAUGCACUAAGAAAUUUGGGCUUAUUGAAGAAAUUGCUAAUGGAGCAGCUGGGCAUGUCUGAAAAGGAGUCUCCCGAAGGCUGGCAGCGUAUUGCCAGGCAUAGGACAAUUUGUCAGAGGACCCAAGUGGAGAGUUGUGUCCAGAGAGGACUACAGUACUCGGACAAUGACAAGACAUCCCUUUCAGGGGCCAGUAGGACACCCUCUGGCAUGGGAACAAAUAAUUUUGGACCUUGUUGCAGUCAUCGGACUUCAAGCGAAUUAAUACAACCAGGGGACACUGUGUCCAACAGCAGUCAGUUAAUGGACCCUUUGAGCACAAACCCAGAUGCCCCAACCACCGAGCCUGAAGUGAUAGGUUCUGAGGAUGGUGGAGAGCACUUUUUUGAUGCUCGUGAAGCCCACAGCGAUGAGAACCAAUCAGAGGGUGAAGUAGCAGAAAGGAAGGAGGAAGAAGAGGUGCAGUUGCGGAUCUCAGGAAAUUAUUUGAUCCUUGACGGAUAUGGCACAGUACAGGAGAGCUCCACAGAUGAGGAGGUAACUUCGCUGGUUCUACAGUGCACUGCAGGCAACAGCACAAUGGACUCUGCCCACCAACCACCACCAUCUCUGCAAGACAACCGGACAGACGAAGGAAGCUUGGCAUUUGCAGAGGAAUUAAUGGCCUCCCACUGGGAAGCUGCUAAGGAAUCCUGCUCAGAUGUACUAAGGCCUCCCUUCUCUGUGGAGUCUUGUGCCCUGAUAAUGCAUUACAUCCAGAAGAUAGAAGCUAACCUUGAACACUUAAAGGAAGUGGAGGAGAACUAUGCUACUCUUCUUCAACAAAGGCUGACUGGAACAGCCCCCACAGAUGAACACUCAGAUAAAAGUUAGUCAAGCUUCUUGGAGGUUGGAUGGAAGCAUCAGCCUCGCAUUGGCACCUGUCGGCUUCUGCCUGGACUCUUGCAGCAUGAGGGCUCUUUCCGUGGACCAUCCAAGUGCAGCAGAGUGGGAACUGGGGGGGGUGGUGGUUUGGGGUGGAGGAUGGUUUCCUUUUAGGCCUCUGCACUAGCUUGUCAGGGAGAGGUGGUGAUUUUUUUUUCUCCUCCUUUGCUACCCUACCAGUAAUUCUUUUUGAUUCCAAACAAGAGGAAAGAGGAACAAAAAGAAGAAACCAAAUGUAUAAAGCUUUGGGUGUAGGAUAUAUAAAAAUGUAUUUAGACAUAUACAAAAAAAA